AUGGGCGUUCGUGGCCGCGCAACAGGGUUGCGGCGCGCCUCGGUCCUCGCGGCGCUGCUCGUCAACGCGGCGCAUGCCUACGCGCCGCCGGCGACGCGCCGCCCGCGGCGCGCGCCGGGCGUCACCGUCGCGAAGUACCGCGGUCCGAAGCAGGAGAUGGACUACCUGGACGUGCUGGCCGACGGGAGCGACGCCUGGCGCUUGGACGACGACAUCAUCGGCACGCUCAACCGGGGCGGCGUCGGCGUCAUCCCGACGGACACGUCCUACAGCUUCGUCGCGCGCGUCGACAGCAAGGCGGCCGUGCAGCGGCUCCUGGCACUCAAGGGCGACGAGAACCGGAAGAAGCCGCUGUCGCUGCUCUGCGCGGACCUGGGCACCAUCGACGAGUACACGCGCUACACGUCGAAGCGCACGUUCAAGCUGCUCAAGGCGGCGCUCCCGGGGCCCUACACGAUGAUCCUCCCCGCGUCCGAGGCGCUGCCGCGCAUGAUCUACAAGGGCGGCGCGCGGCGCUGGAAGCGCGACACGGUGGGCGUGCGCAUCCCCGACGACCCGGUCUGCGCCCACAUCCUGAGCCAGGUCGACGGGCCCCUCUUCUGCUCGUCCGUGCCGACGUCGGACGACGGCGACCAGCUCGUCUGCCGCCUGCCCCUCGAGGGCGACGCGCAGACCUGGUGCGCGCUCGUCGACUUCGUCGUCGACGCGGGCGCGCGGCCCAUCGAGGGGUCCACGGUCUACGACCUCGCCUCCGACGACGCGCCCGCGAUCCUCCGCGAGGGGCUCGGGCCGCCCGUGCACUAG